UUUUGGCUUCACUUUACAGGAGCAGCAGUUCCGGAAGUAAACAUUUCUUCCGCCAUCACUAGUAGACAUGAUGGAGUGUUGGCUAGCAGCUAACGCUAGCUUCCCACUAAUUUUGAACAUAUAUCUACACCGGCAUAAGUAAACUUCCCAGCCCGGCUCCUACUCCUGCUCCAGGGGACAUGGAGCUCUCGUCCCCUCGGCUUUUACCUCCAGCCCGGGAUGAACCGCUGCCUGUGGCCGGCAGGAGGGACUCCAGCGGGGAUUCAGAGGGAUGUCCCGGCCGGAGCACGAAGACGCACUUCCGCGUCUGCCGCUUCAUUAUGGAGACAGGAGUGAAGCUGGGUAUGCGCUCGGUGCCUGUGGCCACAGCGUGCGUGCUGUACCACCGUUUCUUUGAACGGGCCAGCGUCCACUCGUACGAACCCUACCUGGUGGCCAUGAGCUGCGUGUACCUGGCCGGCAAAGUGGAGGAGCAGCACAUCAGGACUCGUGACAUCAUCAACGUGAGCCACAGGUAUUUCAACAGCGGCAGCGCUCCUCUCGAAUGUGACAAGGAGUUCUGGGACCUGAGGGACAGCGUGGUGCAGUGUGAGCUCCUCAUCCUCCGACAGCUCAACUUCCACAUCUCCUUUGAACACCCUCACAAGUAUUUGCUCCACUACCUGCUCUCCGUGAAGUCGCUCGUGAACCGCCACGCUUGGUCUCGAACCCCCGUGGCCGAGACGUCCUGGGCGUUGCUCAGGGACUGUUACCACGGAGCCAUGUGCAUCCACCACACACCCCAACACAUCGCCAUAGCAACCCUUUACCUGGCUCUGAACAGCUACGGGGUGGAGAUGCCUGUCGGGGAGAAGGACUGGUGGCAGGUGCUGUGCGAGGACGUAACCAAGGCGGACAUCGACGCUGUGAUCUUAGACCUCCUCCAGCUCUACGACAUGGAGGCCAAGUGUAUCUGAAGGACGCGCAGACGGGAACCGCGACCAAAAGUUUCGUGUGUCCGAGCGUGAACGCGUGUUGUUCUGAAAGCAAAGAAUGUCUGGGUUCAGGUGUGUUUGUGUGUCUGUAUGUGAAGCAGAAGAGCUCUUGUUGCUGCCCCAGUUAGUCCCUGAGCUGUGACAAAAAAACAAAAAAAAAAAAAAAAAAACACACACAAAAAAAAAACAGUGCACCUGCAGUACCGACUCCUGCCACCAUGGGGAGACAUUUCCCGCUUUCUCUAACGUCUCAGCCCUGCAGAAUAUUGAUGUGCUCUGGGAUACUCUCUCCAGCACCAGGUCUCCAUAAAAAAAAAAAAACAUCCCGUCUCCGUGACGUGUUUUAACUACAAAUAUGGAUUUUUUGGAGAGAUCCGUAAAACUGCAUGGACAUUGUCACCACAGUACUCAGAUUAGAUGAAGAUGCAUAAUGUUUUCUAAUUUAAUUAUAAUCAAGCAGGCAAAACAUGUAUGGAGCCGUAAUCAUCUUCAUGUUUUAGUUCAACGGUUUCAUUACAAAAUACUUUCCUGAGUUCAAACUGUAUCACUGCUGGUGACAUUAUAAAGGUCACGUGGUCCUGAAUGAUGUUCUACGUCUUCUUUCUUGGUGAUGUAUUGUACAGUUUGUGUCUUGUAAAUAAAAUAAUUGGUUACGUUUUUA